AUGGCUCCGUCCCGCGCCGGUGCGGUGCACGUGGCGGUGGCGCUGCUCGCCGUCGUCGCGACCGUGGCCGUCGCGGCAGCCGGCGGCGGCGGCCGGAAGAUGGCGUCCCACGGCGAGGGCACGAAUCCCAGGGAAUCUCCCGGCCCGCCCGCCCCGGCGCCGGCGGGCGGCUCGGCGGGCCAGUUCCGCGGCCAGGCGCGGCUGCCUCGCUUCGCCGCGCCGCGCCACUACGAGCUCCACCUCCGCCCCGACCUCGUGGCCUGCACCUUUUCCGGCUCGGUGGCCAUCACCGUCGCCGUCUCCGCGUCCACCCGCUUCCUCGUGCUCAAUGCCGCCGACCUCUCCAUCAACAGCUCCUCCAUCCGCUUCCAGGCUCUGGCGCCCACGGAGGUGGUCUUCUUCAAGGACGACGGUGUAUUGGUGCUCGGAUUUUCCAAGCCCCUGCCUUUCGGAGAGGGCGUGCUCAAGAUGGAUUUCACUGGAACUCUGAACGACCAGAUGAGAGGCUUCUACAGGAGCAAGUACCAGUAUAAGGGGAAGGAAAGAAACAUGGCGGUGACACAGUUUGAGUCUGUAGAUGCGCGGCGGUGCUUCCCCUGCUGGGACGAGCCUGCAUUCAAGGCUAAGUUUAAGCUAACACUUGAAGUUCCAUCUGAGCUGACAGCACUGUCCAACAUGCCAGUUGCUAACACGACAGUUGCUGGUCCUAUCAAGACUAUCCGUUAUCAGGAAUCGCCACUUAUGUCAACUUACUUAGUGGCCAUAGUAGUUGGUUUGUUUGAAUAUGUAGAGGGUGUGACAGUAAAAGGCACGAGAGUUCGUGUGUACACUCAAGUUGGUAAGAGUCGUCAAGGGAAGUUUGCACUAGAUGUUGGAGUGAAGUCGUUAAAUCUCUAUAAAGAUUACUUUGGCACUCCUUUUCCACUCCCUAAGAUGGAUAUGGUUGCUAUCCCCGAUUUUGCCGCUGGAGCCAUGGAGAACUACGGAUUGGUCACUUAUCGGGAAGUAACUUUGCUUUUUGAUGACAAGUCUUCAUCAGCUUCCAGCAAACAGAACGUUGCGAUUACUGUGGCACAUGAAUUGGCUCAUCAAUGGUUUGGCAAUCUUGUAACCAUGGAAUGGUGGACUCACCUGUGGUUAAAUGAGGGAUUUGCUACAUGGGUGAGCCAUCUAGCAGUAGAUUCAUUUUUUCCGCAAUGGAAUAUCUGGACACAGUUUCUCGAUAGCACAACCACUGCUCUCAGACUGGAUUCAUUAGAGGAGUCUCAUCCUAUUGAGGUUGAAAUACACCAUGCCAGUGAAGUCGAUCAGAUUUUUGAUGCUAUUAGCUAUGAAAAGGGUGCUUCUGUUAUUCGCAUGCUACACAGUUACCUUGGUGCAGAUCGUUUUCAGAAAGCACUGGCCUCAUAUAUAAAGAAAUAUGCAUACUCAAAUGCUAAAACGGAGGACCUGUGGGCUGUUUUUGAAAAGGAAACUGGUGAACCUGUCAAGGAUCUGAUGACUUCGUGGACAAAGCAAAAAGGGUACCCUGUAAUUAAUGCAAAACUUAAAGGGAAUGACAUGGAGCUUGAGCAGGCCCAGUUUUUGUUGGAUGGAUCCUCUGGCCCUGGCAUGUGGAUUGUCCCUAUAACUUCAGGGUGUGGUGCAUAUGAUACACAGAAAAAGUUCUUAUUGAAACUUAAACGUGAUAAGCUGGUCAUUGCUUCACAAUGUGGUGACCGAAAGAAGGGUGGAAAUUUUUGGACUAAGUUGAAUGUAAAUGGAACAGGAUUUUACAGAGUUAAAUAUGAUGAUGAACUUGGAGCUGCACUUCAAAAUGCGUUGGAGACCAAGAAGCUCUCGCUAAUGGAUAAAAUUGGCAUCAUUGACGACUCACAUGCGCUUUCUAUGGCCCGCCAGCAGACAUUGACAUCAUUGCUACGUUUGCUCUACUGUUAUCGUGGGGAAGCUGAUUAUAGUGUUCUUUCACACAUAAACUCUGUAACUGCAAGUAUUUCUAAAAUAUCGGUGGAUGCUACUCCUGGCUUGGCUGGUGAUAUCAAGCAACUUCUGAUCAAGAUUCUUUUGUCACCUGCAGAAAAGUUAGGCUGGGAUCCUAAGAAUGGUGAGAGCCACCUGGAUGUAAUGCUCAGACCAAUGCUCUUGCUUGCACUUGUCCAACUUGGACAUGGUAAGACCAUUAACGAAGGAGAUAGGCGCUUUAACAUCUUCAUACGUGACCGCAACACUUCUCUUCUUCCUCCGGAUACUAGAAAGGUUGCAUACCUCGCUGUGAUGCAUAAUGUUAGUAGCUCAAAUAGAUCAGGUUAUGAUGCUCUUCGAAAACUCUACAAGGAGUCGGCUGAAGGGGAAGAAAGGUUACGUGUCUUAGGCAUAUUAUCUUCUUGCCGGGAUAAAGGCAUUGUCCUUGAAUCACUGAAUUUGAUUUUUACUAAUGAGGUCCGCAGUCAGGAUGCAUACCUUGUAGUUCGAGGUCUUCAAAUAGAGGCACGUGAAAUUGCUUGGAACUGGUUGAAGGAAAACUGGGAGCGUAUCUUGAAGACAGUUUCAGUGAGCUCACUUGUGGGGGAUGUUAUUAAAGGCAUUGCCACAUUGUUCGCCUCCAAUGAGAAGGCAGCUGAGGUUUCCAAGUUCUUUGCGACCCGCACGACGCCGGGAUUUGAGAGGACGUUGAAGCAGAGCCUUGAAAACGUGCGAAUCAGUGCGAGAUGGGUUGAGGGCAUCAAGAGCGAGCCCGGGCUUGCGCAGACGGUACGAGAACUGCUGGGAAAGUCCUGAUGCGCUGCUGCUGGCUGCUAGAGUGUUAUAUUUCUGAUCAUGCAACUUCCUGGGAAAACUUAGGAGCUGUUUGCAGGUGUUACUGUUGGGGUUGGUAAUAAGAAUGCAUUCCUGCCUUAUCAUCUGCAGAAAAUGUUGCCUGCCAUGCUCCUUGAUUGCAGUAGCUAGUCAUCUGGUGCUAGUUUUUAGCCAAAACAUUCUAGGGCAAACAGAUUGUACAAAGAAUAUGAGAAGAAAUUAGGAAGAAACUGAAGCAUCGAAA